AUGAAUAAAUAUAUUAUCAUUCUAUUAAUUACAAGUUUAAUCCAUACAACAAUAAAUGCUAUUCAGUUAAUAAAUAAACAAUAUAGAAUAGAAACUAUACAAAAUAUAUCAAGUGUAGAUUAUACAUUAAUACAUCUUCGAAAUAAUCAACCUACAAUAAAAUGUUCCUUUUGUAAAAUGAUAGUUAAUGCAAUUAGAAAAAUGAUGACAAAACUUUCAACAUUUCAAAUGAUUCAUUUAAUUAUUCAUGAAAUGUGCUCUGUAAUUGAAGAUCAUACAGUAGAGUGUUAUGAUGUGGCUUCACAAAUAGUUGAUUCUUACGUUAUAAUAUUCAAUAGAACUGAAGCAUUGGAUACUUGUAUGCAAGUCAGUUUCUGUAGCUGA